GCCGUACAUUCCGAACGACAAGGAAGCGGCGGCUCCAGUGGGCCGGCGCAGCGGUUCACAGUGGAGCCGACCGUUGGUGAACGAGUCCUGCUGCGAGCGCCGGUGUCCGAAUAGCGCGGCACCUUCUGCUGUAGCCGCUAUUGCGCUGCUGGUUCUGCUCGCUAAAGUUGAGGUCUACGGGCGCGGGCCUUGCCCAGUCGAGCGCAAUGGAGAGCGGCGGGAGCGGAGCCGGGUCCGGGUCCGGGUCCGCGCGCGGAGCCGGCCGAGAGAAGAAGAAGGGCAAGAGCGCUGACGAAUCUUCAGUAGCUGCGGUAGCAGGAGAGCCAGGUGGAGGCGGCGGCGGCGGCGGCGGCAAACCGCGGAAAUUCAAUUUGAAGCGUGUAAUGGCAGAUGAGCUUGAGAGAUUCACCAGUAUGAGGAUAAAGAAGGAGAAAGAAAAACCCAGUACAACAUAUAGGAAUUCGUCUGCUUCAUACUCAGAUAUUUCUGGGUCAGGUCAGACAUUGCAGGCUAUUCCUGAUGAAGAUGUGCUGGUUCUCUUUGAGCAGAUGCUGGUGGAUAUGAAUCUGAAUGAGGAAAAGCAGCAGCCUCUAAGGGAGAAGGACAUUAGUAUAAAGAGAGAAAUGGUGUCCCAGUACCUGCAUACUUCCAAAGCUGGCAUGAGUCAAAAGGAGAGCUCGAAAUCUCCUAUUAUGUACAUUCAGGAACUAAAGUCUGGUCUUAAAGAUGCACAGCUCCUUGGAUGUUUGGAAUCUCUGCGUGUGUCCCUCAAUAACAAUCCUGUCAGCUGGGUGCAAAAUUUUGGAGCUGAGGGACUGAAUUCCCUGCUGGACAUACUGAAAGGUCUUCAUGAUGAGAAGGAUGAAUUUUCUGGGUCAUAUGACUUCAGGAUCGAACAUGAGAUUAUUAGGUGCUUAAAAGCUUUUAUGAACAACAAAUUUGGAAUUAAGACAAUGCUUGAAACAGAUGAGGGGAUUCUACUUUUGGCAAAAGCAGUUGACCCUAAAGUCCCUACGAUGAUGAUUGAUGCUAUCAAGCUACUCUCUGCACUCUGCAUCCUACCCCAGCCUGUGGAUAUGCAUGAGCAAGUUUUGGGGGCAUUGACAGAACGAGCAGAAAUGGAUGAAGUAGAACGAUUUAAACCCAUUGUGGAUGGCCUGAAAAGUGGCACUUCGGUUGCAUUAAAGGUAGCUUGUCUACAGUUGAUCAAUGCUCUAAUCAUUCCAUCAGAUGAACUUGACUUCAGGGUGCACAUCCGCAGUGAAUUAUUGCGUUCUGGAUUACAGCAAAUCCUCAAGGAACUGCAUGCUCAAGACAAUGAAGAGCUGAAACUGCAGCUGCAGGUAUUUGAAGAAUAUGUUGAAGAAGAUUCUGCAGAACUCAGAGGCCGCUUGGAGGACAUUCGUAUAGAAAUGGAUGAUUUCAACGAAGUCUUCCAGAUUCUCCUCAAUACAGUAAAGGAUUCUAAGGCAGAGCAACAUUUCCUCUCAAUUUUGCAGCACUUCCUGCUAAUCCGCAAUGACUAUGAGGCCAGGCCUCAAUAUUUUAAACUAAUUGAUGAGUGCAUUUCACAGAUAGUCCUGUACAGGAAUGGGGCUGACCCAGACUUCAAGCGCAAACACCUUGACUUUAAUGUUGAGGCCUUAAUAGAUAACAUGAUUGAUCAAACUAAGGUGGCAAAAAGUGAAGCUAAAGCACUGGAAUUGGAGAAGAAGCUGGAAUCUGAGUUGACUGCACGUCAUGAAUUACAAGUUGAAAUGAAGAAGAAGGAAAGCGAUUUUGAGGAAAACAUUCAGAAUUUACUUCAGGAGAAAGAAACAAUGGCAGCUGAGAAACAGCAUAUUACCUCUGAGAAGCAAAACCUAGAAAUUAAUAGCUCUUUGCUGAGUGAUGAGAUUGCUCUACUGACCAAAGAACUUGAAGAUACUAAGAAGAAAAUGGAGCAACUCACUUCAUCUAUGGGAUUCUCACCACAGCAACCAUUACCUAGUGGGGCAGAAAGUCACCAGACCACUUCAUCCCUUUCUCCACAAACUGUUUUUCCCCCUCCCCCUCCCCCUCUGCCUGGGAUGUCGGGGCCACCCCCUCCUCCUCCCCCUCCCCCUCUGCCCGGGAUGUCGGGGCCACCCCCUCCCCCUCCCCCUCCCCCUCUGCCUGGGAUGUCAGGGCCACCCCCUCCUCCUCCCCCUCUGCCCGGGAUGUCAGGGCCCCCCCCUCCUCCUCCCCCUCCCCCUCUGCCAGGGAUGUCAGGGCCGCCCCCUCCUCCUCCCCCUCCCCCUCUGCCUGGGAUGUCGGGGCCGCCCCCUCCCCCUCCCCCUUUGCCCGGGAUGUCGGGGCCACCCCCUCCUCCUCCCCCUCCCCCUCUGCCCGGGAUGUCGGGGCUGCCCCCUCCUCCUCCCCCCCCUCUGUUUGGGGUAUCAGGACCACCACCUCCUCCCAGUCUAUCUGGCUUUGGAAGUAUGGCAGCACCUGCUCUUCCAUUUGGAUUGGCUCCUAAGAAGCUUUAUAAACCAGAAGUUCAACUUAGGAGAACUAACUGGUCCAAGAUUACAGCGCAGGAACUAUCUGAAGGCUGUUUCUGGAUGAAAGCUAAGGAGGAUCGUUAUGAGAAUGACGAUCUUUUUGCCAAGCUAACUCUAAGAUUCUCAACUGCACAGACCAAAUCAAAAAAACAACAGGAGAGUGGGGAGGAAAAGGGCCAGUCUAAGAAGAAAGUCAAGGAGCUGAGAGUGCUGGAUUCAAAGAAUGCUCAGAACCUUUCAAUUUUUUUGGGCUCCUUCCGUAUGCCUUAUGAGGAAAUCAAGAAUGCCAUCUUGGAGGUGAAUGAAGCGGUACUGACGGAAUCCAUGGUGCAGAAUCUGAUUAAGUUAAUGCCUGAACCAGACAAAUUGAAGAUGAUAGCAGGACUGAAAGAAGAAUAUAAUGAACUAGCUGAGCCUGAGCAAUUUGGAAUUGUGAUUAGUUCAGUUUCCCGUCUGCCAUCCCGACUCAAUGCUAUCCUCUUCAAGCUUCAGUUUAAUGAACAGGUGGAAAACAUAAAGCCAGAGAUUGUUGCUGUUACAGCAGCCUGUGAGGAGCUUCGCAAUAGUGAGAACUUCGGCAGUCUUCUCUCCAUUAUCCUCCUUGUGGGCAACUAUAUGAAUUCUGGCUCCAUGAAUGCUGGUGCCUUUGGAUUUAACAUUAGUUUCCUUUGCAAGCUUCGUGACACAAAGUCAGCUGAUCAGAAGUUGACCUUGCUUCACUUCUUGGCAGAAACAUGUGAAUUGCAAUAUCCUGAUAUCCUGAAUUUUCCUGAUGAACUCAUCCAUGUGGAGAAAGCUUGUCAAGUUUCUGCUGAAAUUUUGCGGAAAAAUCUGGACCAGAUGAAUAAACAGAUCUCAGAUCUACAGCGUGAUGUUAACAAUUUCCCCAGUAGUUCAGAAGAGAAGGACAGAUUUGUGGAGAAAAUGACCAGCUUUGUUAAAGAAGCCCAAGAACAGUAUGAGAAGCUACGAAUGAUGCAUGCAAAUAUGGAAAACCUUUAUAAGGAAUUAGGACAAUAUUUCCUGUUUGACACCAAUAAGAUAUCCAUUGAGGAGUUCUUUACAAAUCUGCGCAAUUUCAAAAAUAUGUUUGUGCAAGCUGUGAAGGAGAACCAGAAAAGGCGUGAGAUGGAGGAGAAGAUGCGCAGAGCUAAAUUAGCAAAAGAAAAAGCAGAGAAGGAGCGUCAAGAGAAACAAAAGAAGAGAGAACAACUGAUUGAUAUGAAUGCAGAAGGUGAUGAAACAGGAGUUAUGGACAGUCUACUAGAAGCCUUACAAUCGGGUGCAGCCUUCCGUAGGAAAAGGGGACCACGCCAAGGAAACAGAAAUGUUGGCUGUGCAGUCUCAUCAUUACUAGCUUCAGAGUUGAUCAAGGAAGAUGCUCUUGGUGCAAAAAAAUUAUGCAGAGGGCUGAAAAAGGAUGAGGAUGUCGAAGUCAUUGAAGAAACUCUUGAUGAAACCACUAAGGGGGCAAGCAGUCGUCAAAACUAGAGCUGGGUGACAGCUAGGACCAGUGCCUUUGGCAUGAAAUCUGUUUUACAAAGGAGUUGAAACAACACUGAGUCACUUUGCAGUUUUUCCUUUCACACUUAUGUACAUGGGAUGAAGAGGCAAAUAAUUUAAUCACUUCAGCCUGUCCCUUUCUAGGGCUGUUUUGCAAGAUCUUUGAAUCUGUGAUCAUAUAAUCUUGAAUUUGCCACCUGCCUCCUCCUUGUCUCAGAAUCAGAAGUGCAAAGCUUUUUGCUGACUUAGUAGCAUGCUUGGAGCAAAGGUGGGAGUUUGUGCUGUAUUUAUCUCUUUCCCUGCAGGCAGGAGGGCAAUACAUUCCCAGGAAGAAAGAUACAGCACAGAUGAGAGGCUAAAGGCCAGAAUUUGAUCUGCCCAUGUAUCCUGCUGUAUUGAUGUUGCCAAAGCAGGAAUGCAACAAACUGCCUUAAUUAUGACUUUUUAAAAUAACUGAUUGGGCAAACUGGUCCACAUCCCAAGAGAAUUUUUUUUCUCAAAAGCCUCCUCUUCAUUAGUGCUAACAGGAUGAACUGAUCCCUUCAAUUAUAGGAGGGAGAAUUAUGGAUAUCUUAGCUAGAUUUGUCUUUCUCCCAAGUACUGUGCAUCUUCUUUUCUCACUUGCUAUCUAAUGCUGGAGAAGGAAAUGACUCCGAGGUCAUUAUACCACUGUGGUUGACAGGGUUCUGUGUAAGCAUUGCGGAGAAUUUUCUCCUUGGAUUGAGAUCAUUUUGCUGCUCUGCUCUGCUGCUAUUCCCCUUUUUGAUACAAACUCUUACUAUUGAAGUGGUAAUAUCAAUGACUUAUCAAGAAAGAAAGUAUGGAUAGUUUGCUGCUGCUGCAUCUAUCCCUGCAUGCUUUUGAACUAAGAUUAAUAAAGUGAUUUACUUAGCCUUGGAAAGGGAUGUUAAGCCCUCCUUAGUUUGAGUGAAAAUACUCACUGCAACUCCAAAGGAAUGAAGCUGGAAUUGUGUUUCCUCACUGAAUACUCUUCAUGGAAGACUGACUAGUAGAAGUAUGCAUAUAUUUAAUCUUCUGUGGCAAAGUCCUUUGUAUAAUAUAGCACAUGGUUUGGAAUAUGCCACAUAAGCUUCACAUAAAUUAAAGCUUGCUUGCUUUGGAGGCUGAUAUGUAAAUCAAUGUAUCUUAAUUGCUAUACAGUGGCAGAAGAGGGCUGGAGCCCUCUGUCCUGUAAGGCCACUUUGCCAGUACAACUAUUUUUCUAUGAAAUUUGUUUUACAGGGAACUUCAGUGAAGAUAAAAGGGAAAAAAAAUAUAUGCAUACUGCUAAAGCUAUUCAUGUAUUCUCCAGUAUUCUUUCAGGGAGUAGGUCAGGGCAACCAAUCACUAUAUCCCAAUAGACUUUCUCCCAUAACGUGUGUGUGGCAGAAAGACAAACUUUAACAUUGGCUGAUUGUCAGCAUUCAUGUUGGAAUGAAUAUGAUGGAUCUCAGAUGUGUGUUAUGAACAUCUGAAAACUUGCAGGACAAAUCAUUGGAUGCUGGCAGCUGUUUAAUGUGAUUAAUACCAUUCCUUAUAUCCAAAAAUUGAGGAAAUGUAUUUUCAUACAAUUCAUCUGGGAUUGCCAACAAUCACAUGAAUACUUUCUCUACUCAUCUUCGCUUUACCCCCAUAGCUAUAAUGCAUAUUCUUAUAUUGUCAUCUUUUUUGAUAAAUCUGGAAAGCUCACUGAA